GCUUCUUUACCUAGAGCUUAGAUAAAGCGUAACUUCCCCUAACCUUCGACUGGUCAUCGAACAUUCGAAGGGGGACAGAGACGUCUUUGGCACCUCACGUUUACCUACUUACACUUCCUUACACACACACACACACACAUACAGCCGCUCGGCGUCCUACAGCAUCGCUCCCCGACGCCAACUCAAUUGAUUGAGCUUCGUGUAGCCCGCCAUCGUACCAAGUGGUACCGCAGCAAUCACUGCAAUGGCGGGUUGACUCUACGGAUACCUUGCUUGCGGCAUGCCGUGGCCUGCAGGGCUCGUGGCACGGAUGGAAACGUCUAUGCUCUCGCUGGCCGCCUUGUGCGCUGGUCGACCCGACUCGUUUCCUCCCGAAUGCCCACCGGAAGAUCGUCGACAUGCUACCUCACUGACAAGUCCAGAUGUGGACGACGAUCUGGUAUUGCAACACACAACUGCCGCUGGACUGCCGUCAUCCUGCCCUACACACCCACUAACAAGUACCAACAGCAACCAUCACGCAACUGUCAAAAUGCUCUCGUUCACGGUUCUCCCCAAAACUCUAAUGGACCCCCAACUGCCUUGUCACCUCUCACUCGAGUCUCGAGCCCCCAUAACCAGCCAAUCUCGCUCCCCAUCCACGGCCCCUCUUUCCUCUCGGCUCCCGUCCCCAUGAACUGUGGGGCUUCCGACGCCGAAAUGGCCCUUGUUUCACAUUAA